AUGGACGAAAAGUCUCUCAAUGAGUUGAUCCAGAAAGGCGACACGAAAGCCAUUGAAAAGGAAUUAAACCACGGGCUUAAUGUUGACUUCACAUUUAGGGAGAAUAGCAUAAAUAAUGAAAUUGGAGGGUACACUUUGCUUGAUGUUGCGGUGUCGGCAAGACGAAAAGAGGUCGUGCAAUUUCUUGUAGACCAUGGCGCAGAUGUUAAAAGAUCACGUAACUGGCCAGGAGCCACAACGGAACUUAUUGGCUCCUUCUCUUUACAGAAUACAUGCAUGUACUCUUGCCUAGUACGCGGAGAUGUAGAAAUAGCAAGAAUACUCAUAAAGGCAGGUUUUGAUGUGAAUUUACAGGACAUGCGGCAGUGUUCAUCAUUAUGGCACGCAGCUGAUUCAGGAAACUGUGAAAUGGUGGAUACGAUUUUAGAAUCUCCGUCAGUAAAUAUUGAACUACAUGACAUGACUUAUCUGCGUCCUUUACAUGUUGCUGCCCUUCAUGGAAAUGGUAAAAUCGUCACCCACUUACUUAGAAAGGGGGCUAACCCUAACGCGUUGCACGUGUUCGGAAACACCCCGCUUAUAAUGGCAUGCAAAGCCAACUCCUAUGAGUCCGUACAUCAGCUUCUUCUCUAUGGUGCAAAAGUUAACACGGGGAGCAUAUAUGGCGUGACACCACUUUCUAAAUUUUUGCACAACCCUCCAACUCUGCAAGACCUACGUAUUUUUGACUUACUUCUAAGUGCAGGCGCUAGUGUUCUUGAUACGGAGUUGAAUGAAUGGAAACAACAUGAACAUUUGCAGAUAUUUUUGGACCACCCUCAAAUUUAUGAUGCUUUAAAACAGAUAUCAUCGACACCUUCGUCGCUGAAAAUUCUAACUUGUAAAUAUAUAAGAUUCAGAAUUAAAAAGUGUCUCAUGAAGAAACAGGCUGAUUUUAACAUUAUCUCAGUCUUAAGUAGUUUGCCUCUCCCCUCUAUGCUUAAACAGGAACUAUCUCUCGAACUAAAUUAG